AUGGCCGACGUACCCAUGUACGUCAUCUCGGAGAAUGCUUCGUCUGAACGUCGCAUCACCCCGUCGUGGAGCAUCGACACGUUCAAGACGAAGCUCGAGCCCAUAACGGGAAUCCCACCCUCAGCUCAACGUCUGAGCCUCAAGACGUCCAAGGCGGCGGAAAGCGUGCCUCUGGAGGCGGCGGAUGAGGAAAAGACCCUGCUGAGCAGCUUUACGCUGGUUGCAUACGGCGAGAUCCAUGUAGCUGAUACCCGUCCGGCAGGCAUGCGUGUGAAUUUCAACGACACGUCGGGCGUCGAGAGAUAUGUCAUGCCCGAGGUGGAAUAUGAAAAGAAGUCUGAUUCGGUCCUCGCGUGGAAGAAGGCACAGAAGCUCGGCCGCUUCGACCCCAACGCGCCGGAUCAGGAGCAGGCGCGCGUCUCAGCCUUUGAGCAGGAGAUUGAGAAGCGGGGCAUCGCGGUGGGAAGGCGAUGCCGGGUGGGCGGCGAGGACACGCGGCGCGGCGAGGUGCGGUACGUCGGCGAGGUCGGGGAGAUCCCCAACGGGGCGGGGCCGUGGAUCGGGGUGCACCUGGACGAGCCCGUGGGAAAGAACGACGGCAGCAUUGCCGGCAAACGCUACUGGGGCGAGGAGUCGACGACGAUGAAGCAUGGCGUCUUUGUGCGGCCGGAGCGCGUCGAGGUGGGCGACUACCCUGCCAUGGACGACUUGGAAGAUAUGGAGGAGAUUUAA